AUGCGUCUAGUGUUUUUAUUUUUCUUCUAUCAAGUCUACGGACAACGAUCUUUGAUUUUUGAGCGAGCUUGCCAAAAGAAUCCGAUGCUUGCAUUUUGUCGUGAGAAAGCGAUCACCGAACGAUCAAGGGUUAACAAUGCGGAUACAACUGUCUCUUUGCUAGCUCCAACUAAGCCUCUUGAAAUCAUUCUGCCCCCACCUGUUCCCGGAUUUGUUACAGAAACUCCAAAACCAGAAGAAACCACAAAAAUCGUAAUCCAAACAACAGCAACACCAAAAAGUGAGGGGAAAACGAUUUCAGCUCCAUUUGGCUUGGUUCCUUUACCCAAACCAACUCCAGUCACUGCUGAGGAAAUUCUCGAGGAAGCUGAAGAAAUCUUGAACACAACAACGAAACGACCAAUAAAGAAGACACUCGAAAGUGAUACUCACGUUCUUGUUUUCGUUUCCGAGUUUUGCGUGAUUGGAAGAGAGCGUUUUGUGAGGAAAUGUCAUGGGGAAAUCGAGAGAAAUGAGAUCGAUUUCUGCAAGUCCUAUCCCCCAGCUUGUUCGGGCACCGCCGGUGUGAUACCCGUGUUGAGCUAUUGUGGACGCUACUUUAUGGAAUAUCCGAAACUCUGUCGUCGAAACAAGAUCCACGAAGUUGCGUUACCGUUCUGUUUCGCUUUCGAAAAGUUUUGUUUACCCGAAUUGGAGAAUCGACCGAAAGUUGAAAAAAUUGCGUCUUUAACAACUCCGAAACCCAGUCUGCAAAGAUGUGAGGAUGUCGUCGAGGAAGCGAAAAAGGUGUGCAACCCGUUCCCAUCAGCAUCAGACACUUUCAACACUCUUCGUUGCACUCAAUUCUUCAAAAAUUGCAAGAAAUUUAUUAAUUGGCAA